AUGGCCGUCACCUUGAAAAAUAUCAAAUUCUAUAAUCCCUAUUCUCUCCCUACACGGCCUUCGAAACGCACGUCUCCCAAUCACAAUCACACUUCAAUCCCUCAUCAUACAUCAAAGAGCACUGAUCCUACCCCGAAUCAUUCCACACUCCCCUUCUCUCCGUUCUCACAACUAGCAUUACCUCACCCCUUACCUCCUCGGCCACCAGCUACCUUUCCCUCCAGUCAUCAUACAGCAUCUGCAACUCUCUAUGUCCCCUCUAGCAUAUCGCAUACACCUGAUCCUCGUCCUGUGUGCAAGAAUGAUUUUGAUCGAGCGUUGGAUGACUUCUUGCCCGCUGGCGAGAAAGAAGAGGAUAGGGAGCCCUCCAGUCGCCUUCCUAUACAAGAUCAGAGGAAUGAGAAUCAUACUCAUACCCCUUUGUCUGAUCCAGAGAUUUUGACCGAAAUGACAGUCAGCUUGCUAUCAUCCAGCUGCACUCUACGGAACCCCGUGACAUCGCUAGCAGAAGCGAAGUCCACGCAUCCAAAGCCACGUCAUGAGUCGCAGCCACCGGAACAGCCCAAUGAUCUCGCGUGCACAACAUGCACAACAUCUAUGGAUACACCGCCGGCAUUCUGUACCUCUGAAUCGCAUACAUCAGCGCCUCACGAACCCAACCAUGAUUCGACGCAUACGACCAUACAAGCCUCCACACAGGAUUCAUCCGUACCCAAUCAAAAACCGGUCUCAGUUCAUAGCCCCGAAUCUGGCGGAGCCAUCUUAGGAAACGAAAGUAUGGACUCUCAGGGAAGCUCCGGAGAAUCAGAGCGUCCAUUAGGAGAUUUCUCAAAACGAAAGAGAAGUACAUCAGCACACUUGUCUUGUCCGCCCACUCCGCUGGUUAUCGUCCCAGAUCUCUCCCGUUCUGCUUUAAUGUGCAAAAUGUCUAGUUGGCAGAAGUCCAACCGUUCGCAGUACUCAGAACGGAUGGUCGAAGAUCCUCACGAAUCGGGCUCAGCUCCUUCUGACGACGAGAACGAUGCAGACUAUGUCGAUCACUCCGAGACAGAAGCCGCCAGCGAAAGCUUGCACCCAUCUAAGCGUCGCCGUAGAAGUCCAGGCGACGCUUCAUCAGCCUCUCAAGGAGAACCUAAAAAGUCAUCCUCGGAGUCCCCGCUGGCGGAUCAACCUGAGUCACCACAAGAAAAUUCGAGUCCGGAAAGUGAAUCAAUUCCUAUCCGGGGUUACCUCCGAUUACGAACUAAGGGAAGCGAGGUCAUUUACACUUUGGAGUUCUCACAGACACAUAUUUCCUCAUUAUUCACAGGCGAGCAGAUAGAGUCCCCUCGAUCACACCAGCGGGCGGCCUAUUCCGCGACAAAGACUCCAUAUUCGCCUGAGGAGGAUGCAUAUAUCAUUGACCUAAAAGCUAAGAAUCUCACCUGGGACGAGAUCGAAGAUCAAUUUGCGGAACGAUUUCCAUACCGGAAAAAGACAUCGCUACAGGUGCGUUAUUGUACCAAGUUGAACCCCUUGACGAAAGAAAGUAGAAAACGACGAAUUAAGAGUUGUCGGUAG